AAYAGGGCAGAAGGGGGUGAAAUGCAGCUAUUCCCACACAGCAGCUCUGGGGUUGCAUUUGAAGCCCCAUACCCAGAUAAUGUGGGGCUUCAGCCCAUCAGGACAGGACCACAUCCUGAAAUCCUCCUUCCCCCCAUUGCCCCAGGCCACCUCAGGGCAGCAGSUCACCCUCAGCCAGAGGUAGGACCUCUGGAUCAAGGCUCCAUCUCCACCUGAAGGCAAUAAUUAACUUGGAAUGUUUUCCCCACCUCUUCUUUUAAAUGCUCAGACAUAGUGAAAGUGAAACAGUGCAAACAUUUUCCGGAGAUCAAACAGGUGAAGGUGCUGGAGCUUUUGGGCAGGUGUGGACAGACAUUUUCUUCUACUUUUAACAGCCCUUUUCAGAGGGUAAGGAAGGAUGGAGAGCAGCACCAUUCCCAGAGGGAGCCCCUCGGCCAGCACAUACUUGAGGGAUGAUGCCCCAGUCAGCUGAGGUGAGGGAGCUGACCUGGACCUCAGUCCUGCAGAGCUGCCCACCUACCGCUGCAUCUCCCCUGGAUUUUCUGCGGCACGGAGCURCUCUCACUUUCUGUGGAUCACACCUGUGCUAUCCCAGCUUGCUGUGGAGGGGAUCACUUCUGUCAGUACUGGGUGAUUACAAUCAACCUGCUUGGUAAACCUCCUGUUGAAAGAGAAGAUAAAUAGAAAUAUGGAGUUAGACACAAGGAGUGUGAUCUCAGAACCAGCCUCUCUGACCAGUGCAAGGGAGCAAAAGAUGGAGGUCAUUUCUGAACUGAGCAGCUCAGAUUCCCAGAGCAGGGACAGUGGGUUCUUUGAAAGAGGUAUUAAAACAAUGCUGAGCAUCCGGAAGUCAAAACGAAGUUCAAACAAAGAGAGAAGGAAGGAGGAUACUGGCACUUGGAAAGCAAAAGCACUUCUGCGAACACUCAAAAACUACGAGGAGAACAAACCCACGGUCUGUAACGGCGUGGAGAAGAUUGGUGAAAURUAUGAGCCCAUUGAAGCAAAACCUCUUUCAGUAAUGGAAAUCAAUGAACUUAUUCAGAAACGACAACUUUUAGAAGCAUUUGCAAGCAUCAAGUUAAUGGAAGAUGAGACAAUCUCUGACUGGGAUGCUGAGAAAUACAGAGAUAACCCCCAGGAGUUUGUACGGAAAUCCAAGGAUGUGGAUUUGCUUUAUAACUCCAUCUCAAGUGUGAUCCWGUCCAUAGUGGAGGAAACACUGGAGGAUCCCACUUUAGAGCACACCAUGCUGACCUCCAUGGUGACUUUAAUUGCCCGUGAGGAAGCAGCUCAUCCCARCACAGACACUUCAGUUUGUCCCGGGUCAGACUUGCUCGGCAGGCCCAGAAGAUGGAGGGAGCAGUGGAGGGAAGCUAUCAAUGAGAGUGCAAGAAAAAGAGUCCUGAAGGCACCCAUGGCAUCAAGGGAAGAAGCAAACUCUUGGCUUGAUCUCCACUUACAUUUCCUUCAGGAACGCCUGAGGGAAGAUUUACUGAAAAUCAAGUUAUCAGUUAAAAAAUGCUAUCCAGAGGAAUACCAGGUGUGUGACACUUAUGUGGAAGCUUUUCACAAUGCCAUUGCCUCCCAUUUGCAAGAACUCUCCCAGGGACCACUGGACUUCCAUGAACUCUACACCUUGCUCAACUGGGUGGCCAACACCUACCACAGUGAACUCUUUCUGGGUCAUCCUGACCUCAAACCUGAAGUYAAGACAGAAAAUCUGUCCCUGCUGUUAACACCAACUGAUUGGGAGAAACUGAAAAGCGACUACAUUGCUUCAGCAAAGGGGAAAAUCAAAAGUUAUUUUGGAAACAUCCUGAGACUGGAGGUCACGGAGAAGUGGGAGAAGGAAGUUCAUUCAGAAGAGAAGGAAAACCUCUACCACGCCUCACUCUCUUUUGAUAUUCAAACGAUCAUUGGGGAGCACAUGAAGUUAUCUGGAGCUAUCAGCAGAAGCCUGGAAACAAAAAUGCUUGAGUUGUGCAUGGCAGAGCUGCUCRAAUUCAUACCAAGGUUCGAGCAGGAGUUCACRGCGUGGAGCACAGCCCGGGACAGCCCCAUCUUUGUGCCCUAUCUCAUUGCCUACAUCAACAACUUCCACGACCUGCUGUCASGGUUAGAAACAGUGUUUAAAGUCAACACAGAAGAACUGCAGAAGAUUUUGGCAGCUCUGACAAAGAACUUCGCAAAUAUUUUUUUAACCAAAUUAAGAACAAAUGCACAGCCACUCCUCAAGAAAAUCCUGACCAAGAACUGGAUUUUGGCGACGGAAAGGCCGGACUCACUGGCGUCAGCAGUGUCGCAGUUCUCCGAGCACCUGCAGCACAUGAGGGAGCCCCUGGGGCAGGAGCUUCUACAAGAAGUUCAUAAAUAUGUGGUGAAGGAAUAUAUCACACAGGUCAUCAAACCCAGAUGGAGAAUGAACAGGGAAACACGGCAGCAAGUGAGCAGAAAGAUGAGCCUGGAAGCUGCAGUCAUUCACAAUACACUCAUUGAUCAGGGCUCUGAUGCUGACUGGCUCCUCCCUGCCAUAAGCCACAUUGCCAAUAUCAUUGGAGAGAAGAAGGAGGACAGGAUCAAGGUGUAUGCCAAGAAACUGUGCCAGGAUUAUCCGGAUAUCAGGAAGGAGCACAUCCUGGCCAUCCUGGCGCUCCGGGGGCUGGGGCGCACCAGGAGAGCAGCGAUUUUUCAGCAAAUCCACCAUGCACUGGGCAGCUCUGAUGGAGGGGAGAGCCACUCACUCUUCRCUGAAAUUGAUGUUCCAGUAACCAUCUGCUGCUUCUAACACAGGACCAAAACAGCUGUCAGCAUCCUGCCUCCUCCUACCCUGCCUCUACACCUGAUCUAGAAUCUGCUAGCCCACCUUCGUCCUCUGCAACCCAAACUUUUGACUGCUGUGGAGAAAGGAGUAGUUUCCUGGACUUGCUACCCCAAGUUCAGAACCCAGAGGUAACAGAUGCACCAAGACACCAAUCUCCUGCAAGAGCUCCGGGGCAGCAGCUCCAGCCCAGGCACAGUGACCACCUCAUGCUCCAUUACAGAUCCUGUUGCUGGGAGGCCGCUUCACUGUUUAGUACAAGAUUGAAUAUAUUUUCAGAGAGCAGGAGAAAACCAAAAGCAGUUCACUCAAAACUAUAUUAAGGCCUCAGUGCUAUAUUAAGGCCUGGACUGUACUUUGCAUAAUUACACAGCAGCAGAGCAAGAGCCUUCCUCCUAAUUAGUGCCCAUGAACAACCGAGGGGCAGAGCUUGGGCAGGGAUGUGGUAGCACCCAAGUCUUAUUUCCUCCUCCACAAACCAGCUGGCAGAGCUGGCAUGACACAAGGUCAUGACGUUGUGACCUGGGCCACAAACCACUACCUGCCUGGRGAGGAAAAUGCUGGGUAACCAAACCCCGUGGCUGGGACACACAGCACAUGGAACACUCUGCCCUCCAGGAUGGCUCCCAUGGCCCCUCUGGAAUUUCAGCAGAUUUUUCUCACUUAUGGGCUGUCUUUCACAACUCCUGUUGGACUGAAGAUCUGUUCAUGCCAUUACAUCUCCSUGUGUACAGACAUGCCUGGAUUGGAUAUGCCAUGUGGAGGGAGGCUCCAAGUUCUCCUUGAUUAGGGGAAAGUGCCACCGUGCCUCUGGUCCAUUUUCUUGUGUGUUUAAAUGCUUUUUAACAAAUCUGUUACAAUCUGACUACAGUAUGAAACCUAAUGUGAGAUGGACAGAUGGUGAUACAGAUGAGAUUCUCAUCUGGUGUAAACCAGCAUCAUCCCAUUGAUGGGCAUGGAUCACCACAGGGUUAACUCCAGGAAGGAUCCAAAGCAUUACAUCCAGCAUCUGCAGGAGGCACUGAAAGAGACAUUCAGCAGCCUACAGCUGUAUAAAUUUGAUUUUAUUUAAUUCAAUUUACCCUUUAGGUUGCCCUCUGCAGGAUUUAAUCUAAGACUUUGCAGAGAYGUGUUUAUGAUCUAUUAAAAUGAUAAAUGUGGACAUGG